AUGAAAUUCUCUGCUGCUACUCUUGCACUCGCCUCCACCCUCGUUACACCCACCUCUGCCGCUCUUUGCCCGCUUAUCACUGAAGGAAUCACUGGACUGAACACUGAAUACGCCUUGGAAGGAAAACUAAACGUCGUCGAUUUCACUGCCUCUGUGACGUACACGACUCUUGCUGCCGGUGCCGAACCAUACGUAAAGAUCCUCGGAGCUAGUCAAGAACCCACAGUAACAACAGAAGACGGCAUUCUUACUAUCUCAUCUGGAAAGUGCGAAGCCCUAGACCCUGUAACAGACGCCCCCGUUGCAUCCGACGCCCCAGUUGCAUCUCCAACUGUCGCAGCACCAACCGUCGAUAGCCCAACUGAAGGAGCAUCCAGUGCCAGUUCUCUCUCUUGGACAACUGCCCUUGGACUUUCUGCCGUAACCAUGUUUUCUUCUGGCCGAUACACUACCGCUGCCACUGCCCUGACCCUUUUGGCAUCUGCCGGACUGGUCCAAGGUGGAGGACAUCUUCCCAGCGAAUGCAACCCAUCUCUGUCGAUUGAGGUUGGCGUUCCCCCAGGCGCCACCACCACCGAAAAGUUUGGCGAAACCGAUCACUACCUUGCCGCGAAUGUUGACACUGUCGUUUGGGGAUACUUUGACCCCGCAGCAACUGCUGCCGAUGCUCCUGUCACUAUGAGUUCUGGAGAGACCAUCACUGUCGAAGUCAUCACUCAUCAUGCUGGACAUGACUACGCCAAGAUGAUCCGUGGAGACCCAGCCAUUGAAGAAAUUUUCGCGUGGCAAGCCAACGAAACUACCUUCAACAAGAAUGAACCCAAGCUACCUGGAUCUGGUGUCCACUUGAUCACUGGCCCCGUCAACAUUGAGGGAGCAAUGCCUGGAGAUAUCCUUCAAGUUGAUAUUUUGGAAUUGGACCCCCGCCCCAACCCUGAGGGAAAGACUUAUGGAACCAACUCGCAGAAGUUUGCUGGAUAUCAAUUCCGUUUGGGUGAAAAGCGUGACGGAACCCCUUACACUCGAGCUGGAGGAACCGAAGCCAUCACUGUUUUCGAGUUUGUUGAAGAUGCUGACGGCAACAUGCUUUACGGAAAACCAGUCUACAUGUACCGUUUCCCCAACAUGACUAUCACCGAUGGAAGCACCGUUACCUUUGAUGGUAAUCCUGCUGUUGUUGUUCCUCAAGAGUUCAACAUGGGAUACGAGGGUAUGCCAAUGGAAGACGAAGCCAUUGUCUAUCCCGCUGGAUUUGAUGGCAUUUCGGUCACUGACGAAGGUGGUAUUGUGUACAUGAGCCCUGACCCAGCUGGACUUGACUGGAAGGUCCCCUUGCGUCCUCAUCUUGGAACCUUGGCCGUUAUGCCAAGCAACACUAUCAACUAUGUGGAUGAUGCCGCUCCAGGCGGUGCCAACAGUAUUCCUCCAUCCCGUUUCGGAGGAAAUGUUGACGAUUGGCGCAUUGGAAAGGGAGGAACCAUGUACUACAAGUGUGAAGUCGAAGGAUGUCUGAUGCUUGUUGGAGAUACCCAUGCCGCUCAAGGUGACUCCGAACUUGCUGGAACUGCUAUGGAAACUAGUUUGACCACCAAGCUCAGAGUUACUCUACACAAGGAAGAUUCGUUGCCAAAGCUAGUGACUGGUGUAGAUUGGCCACUGUUGGAGACAAGCGACGAAUACGUUGUCCAUGGAUUCGCUUAUACCAACUACCUUGACGAGCUGGAUGAUCCCUCCAACAUUUUUGCUGAAGGUGCCAGUAUUGAUGCCGCAAUGGCCGACGCUUACGUCAAGACCCGUAACUGGUUGAUGGAUGCUUGGGAUUUGAUCGAAGAAGAGACCAUCGCCGUCAUGACCACUUCUGUCGACUACUCUGUCACUCAAGUUGUCGAUGGUAACUGGGGAUGUCAUGCUAGUAUUCCUAAGUUUGUGUUCGACAAGUCAGGUGCUGCUUAUGACUAUUCUUGCACCACUUCCAAAACACCAGGACGCCGCAACUUGAAAUCCACCCACCAACGUCGCUUGAAGGAAGACGAACGUCGUGAUCUCUUUGCCAAGUAUGCUGGCGAAUCUGCGUCUUACGAAGAACACCACGCUCGUUUCUUCAACAAGGUCACCGAAUCUUGCGAAUCUUGUGGUGAAUCUUCUCUUCGUGGACUCUUGGCCGACAAGUUUCUUGAUGCCAAGCUUGAUGCCUACGAAAAGGCUACUGCCAACUAA